UUUAGUGAAAUUGUGUUGUUCAGAGCUCAUCUAGAGCAUUUUAAUGUUUUGAGCACUUGCACUCUUCACUCUCUUCCUGCAAUUGUCUGAAGGCUGGAUUUUGGUUUUGUCUCCUUCCCAACAGCAGUUGUUCCUUGCUCAAAGUGUUGCAGCUUAUCUGUGUGCCCCAGAAGGGUGGGACUCGCAGAGAUCACAGGCUUUUUACAAUGAGCCAAAGCCAGCCUGCUGACUACAAGGAAAAUUGCUGAGGGUUUCAGCCAGGAGUGCCACAUGGGCUUUACAAAAGGCAGUGAUUGCACUGGUGGGACUCGGCUGGGUCUGGAGUGGCCACUUCCACUGCCAGGAGACAAGCGAGCAUCACCUCACCCUGGAAAAUCGCUGCUGGUGUUGCAGUGCUGUGCAUCUCUGCUGUCCUGUGCUGUGAACGGCAGGAGCAGGAGGAUGCAGUGCUGUUCCUGGACACUUGGCUCGCAGGUACUCAGUGCCCAGAGCUCCGGAGCUGGGAGUGAGCCUUGAGCCGAGCUCCGCUGGGAUGUGACCUGGGACUGCUCGCUUAAAGCCUUGUCACUCUGCACCUGGCCCCUCAGGGGCACACUGUGCUUACCCACUGCGAAGCCUGUAGGAGUCCAAACUCAUUCUCUUCAAGGCUCAGAGUACACCCUUGUGUUCCUGAGGCAAAGGGUAAAAGGAAGGCACCAAGUUGUCUGUGUUAAUUUUUUGCCUGGAGUCUUUGCGAUGGAUGAUGGAGCAGAGUCUCUGAUGACCGUGCAUCUCCUCACCCACUUGGGACGCUCAUUUCCUCUGCAGCAAACUGUGGAUCGGGUUUUGGAGUGGCUGUGCCUGGACAUUCGCCUUUUCCUGGUGUCUGAGCGAAUUCCUCCGCUGAAAUACUACGAGAGAUACCGCAAGAGGAGCCGCAGCUUUCCUGGAAUAUCCAUCCUCCUCUUUCUGCACGAGGACUUGGGAGAAGAACGGAUUGUCCAGGUCCACGAGCAGUUCCAGCGCCCUCCCUGGCGGUACCAGCGUGCCCGGUUUGCCAACGGGCAGAGCCCCGCCUGUGCCCCAUGCCAGCAGGACUUCUACGGCCUGGAGGAGCAGCUGCCCGUGUGGGGCGUCAGGCGGGUGCGCCGCGGCCCCGAGAUCCUGCGCGUCACCCUCUACUGCAGCUUUGAGAACUACGAGGACGCAGUGAGGCUCUACGAGCUGAUCCUGCGGAAGGAAGGCACUCUGCAGAAGAGCACGCUGUGCGUCUUCGUGCUGCACGCCACCCCCCACGUGGCCGUGCAGCUGUGCCUGGAGCAGCUGCCCUUCGGGGUGACGGCCGAGCCCCCCGACUCGGCAGCCCUGCAGUUCGAGGUGCAGGAGAUCGGGCAGCUGGUGCCCCUCCUGCCCAACCCCUGCGCUCCCAUCAGCAGCACCAGGUGGCAAACACAGGACUAUGAAGGAAAUACAAUUCUGCUCAAGGUUCAAAACAGCUCCAGGACCCUGGAAACAAACAUCGGGCUUUCCCAGCAGCAUGGCACUACAGGCAGUGGAAGAAUCCCGCAGGACUGUGUGCCAGCCCCACUCUCUGUAAAACAGGGCAGUCCUGGGCGGAGGAGCCAGGAGGUCAGAGCUCUGAAGGGUAAAACCAGGUGCGACCCAAGUGAAGCGCUGGGCUCUGAGCGGGCCAGCAGUGACCUCCGGAGGCCCUUGCGCUGCGCUCCCGGCGCGGCAGCAGCGCCCCGGCUGCGCGGGCAGGCGGGCCGGACACUGCGGGCUCCUCCGGCCGGGAGCCGCGGGCAGCGGGCGCCGGAGACCGACGUGGACACCGGGCUGGCCGUGGGGAGCUGCCCGCUGAGCCUGUUCCCCAGGGCCCUGCGGAGCAGCCUCCCGCCGGCAGCCCCCGGCGCUGCCCGGCCCGGCCCGGCGCGGCGAGCCGCGGCUGCGAGAGCGCACGGAGCCCCGGGCUGCCCCGCACAGCCGGCUGGGCACCACGAGGAGCAGGAGUUCUUUAUAUGACCGAAACCACGAGCAGCGACGAGGAGGAGCAGGAGUUCUUUCUAUGACCGAAACCAAACGCGCCUGAUGGACUCAUUGUAGCCAAAGGACAGGGGAGCGCUUUGGGAUGCGCCGUGACUGCUGCUGCUGCUCAGGGUGUACCUCUGUCGCUGUGACAUCCCGCUAGGGGUCACUGAGGCAGACACUGAAUUUCCAUGCAGAGAUGCUAAGGAGUCUGCAGGAAAAAAUAACACUGUAUUUACAGAAAGCUGUUGCUUUGGUUUGGUUUUUUAACGCACAGUAGGUGAGGGGGGUGUUGUGUAAUGAAUGGGAAUAAGCCAUGUGACUCCUACAGCUGUUCUAAGGUGCUAAAAAAUAGACAGUGACAUCUUCAGAUGGGUUUUGAAGGUGAAGCUUGGCUGAGCUGCCCAAGCAGCUGGAUGCCCCCAGCCGUGGGGACUCACCCCCCCUUGCUAGGACACACUGGAACAAACUCGUGGCAUGGUCACGGUGGUUAAGCUGGUUUUCCUUUGUUGGUAUUUGAAAUCUAUCAUUGUUGUCAAUUUUAUGCAAGAUUUGAAACAUAAGAAUAUUCUUUUAAAUAUUUCUCAAGAGAAAUAUUUAUAGUGAGACCUUUCUCCCAACUCAGCACAGUACAUGCAAAAACCACACACUUGAAGAGAAGUGCCAGUAAAACCUGCUGCUGCCUAUUCAUGUGGCACUUAAAAUAAACACAGCAACAGGCCAGGCUUUGUUAAACCAGUGUGCAAUUAGCAGGCAACCCUAGCUGGUUUUUAAUUAACAGAAGACAAGAGAAGUUGAGAGUCUUGGAGGGAAUUGCUAAAUCCUCAAGAGUAAAAAGGAUGGGAGAAAUGAAGUCAUGAUUCAGCAUCAACAGAUGCUGAAAUAAUUCCCGUCUUGAUUAGUUUUCUUUCUCAAGUAGGAUUAAAUAAAUCUCAGCGGGGAAGGGAUGGGAAGAAUAUGAAGGAGGAGUGAAAUUAUUCAAAGAAGAGCCACAUCUGGGCAUACCCACUUUCCAAACAGUACAACAAAGAGGUGUUUUCUCCCUUGAAUAUAUCUGAAUUCUGGAGGGGAUAUAGGGAAGUCCCUACUCUGGGCCCUCCCAACUGGUUCUGCCCUGCCAAGUAAUGCUCAUGAACCCUUCAAUUUGGGGACCAAAACCUACAGAACAGGACACUUAGAAACAUCUUUGCAGAGCUUUUCACAAGCUCUGCAAAAUUUGUGGACUUUAAUGAAUCCUACUGUGAUAUGUUACAUCUACGAGGGUGAUUAUUUAAUCUUUCCUAGAAAUUCUGCAGGGCUUUUCAGAGCUGGAGAGAAUGUCUGGUCAGUAGGGAAGCAGCCAAGAGGAGCUUGCAGGGGCUGGCUCCCCGGGCCUGCUGUGGUGUGUGCCAGUGUGGGCUGGAGGCUCAUGGGGAGAGGAGGGGCUCAGAGCAGGGCAGUGCUCUCUAAACACGAGCUUACAGACCUGCACUGGGCAUGGAUGGGAUAAUCAUGAACUUGGGAAUCAAGGCAGAAGUGGGAUUCCUGGGAGAAACAGCUUUAAAGAGAGAUUUCAUGGCCUUCUCUCUACUCUCUCAUGCCAAAAGUACUUGAGUGUGACUAUUUAGCACAAUCUUAUUUUACCUGAAAGAAAGAGGCAGAAGAUCAGUAUCCAGCCUGGGGGAAAUGCUUCAUCAUUUGGAAAAAAAAGUAACAAGUUUCACCUACCUGCAACAGAUCAUGGAAAAGGGCUUCGAGUCAAAGGAAAAUGGCUCUGAAACUACUGCUUUUAACAGUGUAAAACCUGUGUAUUUUAAGCACAGGAUAUAUCUAGUACAAAUUCUGUAUUACACAGGCAGGUGUGCAGGGGUUGUGUUGGUGUGUUGGGUCAGAGGGCACAUUUCUCAAUGAAGAGAUUUAGUAGUGGAAGGCAAAGAUUCACAUUUUCCAGAGUGUUCCUAUCUCUGCAGCAUCUGUUUUAUACUUCUUCCUUGCACACUGUGCCAUUUCUUUCAGGCUUUUAAAAAAAGUCUAAUAAGGAGCAUGGGUUGGCAGGGUCUGCUGGAGGUCUGUGUCCCAAACACCCUUAAAGGAGCUUCCUGGUAAGCAGUCAGAGAGGAUGGAUGCAUGAGGUGUGUGAGGCUGGCAGUGAGCUCAGCCAGGGCUUCCCAUCCCAUGUGCUGGGCCCAGCAAAGCGCACUGGGGAAAACAGCCUUGGUGGGAAACUGAACAGGGAGUUUGACAAGUUGUGCUGAGAGGAUCAUGGCAUCACAACACUGGAUGAAGGGAAAUGCAGUGGGAUUUUUACCUUUGGUGUGUGUUGAGCUUGGUAUAAAGGAUUCACUCUGGUGGGAAUGGC